AUGAGUCGCAGUCAUCAUGUCGCGAUCGUGGCUGCAGGCUUCAUGACCAUGUUCAUGACCUGUGGCAUCGUCUUCUCAUUUGGUGUAUACCAAGCCAUCUAUGAAGAAAUGGCCAAGGAGCCCAACACUCCAUUCACAGGGACAUCAUCAUCAAUUAUCAGUCUCAUCGGUACGCUAUCCAUCGCCCUAAUGUCGAUGGGUGGACCAUUCGUCAGCGCCUGGGCCAAGCUCUAUGGCCCACAGCCCAUCAUCAUGACCGGGGGCGUCGUAUUCGGUCUUGGAUGUAUCCUCGCCAGCCUUAGCGAGUAUAUCUGGGAGUUUCAGCUUACCCAUGGCAUCCUUGUCGGUAUUGGCACUUGUAUGGCCUACGUGCCAACCAUGUCCGUCGGCCCGACGUGGUUUAACAAAAGGCGAGGCCUGGCCAUGGGUAUAGUGAUUUCUGGUUCGGCCUGCGGUGGUAUAAUUUGGCCGCCUGUACUACGGGCGAUUACCACGCAUAUUGGAUUUCGGAAUGCGUUGCGCAUCUCCGGGUGCUUGAAUGUUCUCAUCGUGCCUAUCUCUGGCUAUGCUCUGAGAUGGGAACCCAAGUUCCAGGCAAAGCUGCAUGAGCAGAAUGCCGGGAUCUCGAAGAAAACAGGCUGGGCUCAGGUUCCGCUAAUCAAUUGGGAGGUUGCCAUGUCAAGGAAAUUCAUCGCGCAGGCCUUGGGUGCCUUCUUUCAGUCUGCUGGGUAUUCGACUCCUCUGUUCUUCUAUGCGGCUUUUGCGCAGUCUCUGGGGUACAGUACUGCUAUGGCGGAUAACUUUAUCACGAUUAGCAAUGCGGCGAACUUUAUAUCCCGUAUUGUGAUCGGUUAUGCGGCUGACAAGCUUGGUCGUUUGAAUGUUUUGUACGCCACUACCGUGAUGAGUGCCAUCGCUGUAUUUGGGUUCUGGCUUCCAGCUACCUUUGCCGGUACUACUAUUUCUAUCACAGCAGGAGAGGUGUUGUUCAUUUUAUUCGUCAUUAUGUACGGCACAUUUGGGGCUGCCUACAUCUCGUUGUUCCCAGCUAGCUUGAUCGAGCUUUUUGGUGUGCAGCACUUUACUUCGGUGAACGGCGCUCUAUACCUCAUUCGAGGCAUCGGGGCCUUGUUGGGCACACCGUUAACAGGAUUACUGAUUCCAGGGCAGUCGGCAUUGUCGUCUGUCUCCGCCUAUGAGAGAGCUACCAUCACUGCUGGUGUGCUGCUCUUUGCGGCAAGCAUGGCCACGCUAUGGGUUCGAAUUGAAGCAUCUAAUAAGAGCUGGAAAGUAUAA